AUGCUAGGGCGCUUUUCUGGCUUCAGCAGACUUGCAAUCACCCGCUCAGCCGCCACAACCUUGGCCCACCCGCUCUCUUCCACUUCUCCCCGUUUCAUCGCUUCCACCGCCAUGUCCGCCUCUAUCACGAUCCCCUCGCCGUUCGACGCCCAUGUGCACCUGCGACAGGGCAAUAUGAUGAAGCUCGUCACGCCUCACGUCGAGCAGGGCGGAAUCAAGAUGGCCUUCGUCAUGCCCAACCUGAUCCCUCCUCUCACUGUCCCCGAGCACACCUUCGCUUACGUCAAGGAGCUCCAGGCUGUCGCGCCAAACCUUCACAUCCUCCCAUCCCUCUACCUCACCAACCAGCUCACACCCGAGCACAUUCGCCAGGCAAAGGCAGGCGGCAUCGUCGGUGUCAAGAGCUACCCGCGAGGAGUGACGACUAACUCGGAAGGAGGCGUCGGAAUGGAGGGAUACGCCGUCUAUGACGAGGUCUUUGCCGAGAUGGAGAAGCAGGAUAUGGUGCUCAACUUGCAUGGCGAGGUGCCGAGCGAUGUCGACGGCGACGGCACUUGCGUCCUCAAUGCAGAGGAACGCUUCCUCCCUCACCUGCGGGAAAUCAACCGCAAGUUCCCCAAGCUCCGUAUUGUGCUCGAGCACUGCACGACGGCUGCUGCAGUUGAAUGCGUCAAAUCGCUGCCAAGCAAUGUCGUUGCGACCAUCACCCCUCACCACCUCGCUCUGACUAUAGACGGCGCAUGCUCGACUUCGCUCGGCUUCUGCAAGCCGCUCGCCAAGUUCCCCUCGGACCGCAACGCCCUCCGCGCCGUCGUCCGUGAAGGCAACCCGAACUUCUUCCUCGGCUCCGACUCGGCUCCUCAUCCUUCCUCGUCCAAGCUCCCCGCGCUGCAAGUCGCGCAGGUCAAGGGCGCCGACGGCUCGACCGAGGAAGAGAUCACCCUUCCUUCCCCUUGCGCCGCUGGCAUCUACACCUCCAGCAACCUCAUCCCCCUCACGGCCGAGAUCUUCGAGCGGUCCGAUAUUCCCCUCGAGCGCAUGCAAGGGUUCUGCUCGAAGUUCGGACGCGACUUUUACGGGUUCCCGGCGGAGGAUGGCGAGGAGGUCACGAUCAAGCGGGUUGAGGGCAAGAAGGUGGAGAAGGCAUUCAAGUACCAGACGGACAAGGGCGAGGACGAGUACAUCAUCCCAUUCAUGGCGGGCGACAAGAUCGGCUGGGAAAUUGUCGCGUGA